AGAGAGAGAGAGAGAGAGAGUCGUGGGAGGAAGAGAGAGAGAGAGAGAAAGAGAGAGCAGAAUCACAUGGCCGCGUUGCCACUAGGACCUCAGCCGCCGAAUCCAACGGACAAUCACCUUCUCCAGCACCACCACGACCAAGGUGGAGCAGCUGCUGUCAGGCAGGUGACAGCCGCCGCCGCUAGGCGGCCGGAGACGGAGCCCGGCAAGGAAAUGCCAACUAGUGUAGUUGAAGGAAAUGGAGCUGUCACUGGUCACAUUAUAUCCACCACAAUUGGAGGCAAGGACGGAGAGCCCAAAAGGACAAUUAGUUACAUGGCAGAACGGGUUGUGGGCACUGGAUCAUUUGGGAUAGUUUUUCAGGCAAAGUGCUUGGAAACCGGGGAGACUGUAGCAAUAAAGAAAGUUCUGCAGGACAGACGUUUCAAGAAUCGCGAACUACAAUUAAUGCGUUUGAUGGAUCAUCCGAAUGUUGUUUCUUUAAAGCAUUGCUUCUUUUCGACAACUGCCCGGGAUGAACUUUUCCUUAAUCUUGUAAUGGAUUAUGUCCCCGAGAGUUUGUAUAAUGUUUUAAGGCAUUACACUAAUUCGAAUCAGAGAAUGCCCCUCAUAUAUGUCAAACUUUAUACAUAUCAGAUUUUGAGAGGGUUGGCUUAUAUGCACAGCGUUCCAGGGGUCUGCCAUAGAGAUGUGAAACCCCAAAAUCUUUUGGUUGAUCCUCUUACCCAUCAACUCAAGGUCUGUGACUUUGGAAGUGCAAAAGUUUUGAUCAAGGGUGAAGCUAAUAUUUCAUACAUAUGCUCUCGUUACUACCGGGCUCCAGAACUUAUAUUUGGUGCAACGGAAUACACAACAGCAAUUGAUAUUUGGUCAGCCGGUUGCGUUCUUGCUGAGCUUCUUCUGGGACAGCCACUAUUCCCCGGAGAAAAUGCAGUAGAUCAACUUGUAGAAAUUAUCAAGGUGCUUGGUACUCCAACUAGAGAAGAAAUUCGAUGUAUGAACCCGAAUUAUACUGAUUUUAGGUUCCCUCAAAUUAAAGCUCAUCCCUGGCACAAGGUUUUCCACAAACGAAUGCCCCCCGAAGCAAUUGAUCUUGCUUCGCGGCUUCUCCAGUAUUCACCAAGUUUUCGUUGUUCUGCUCUUGAAGCGUGUGCACAUCCCUUCUUUGCUGAGCUCCGGGAGCCUAAUGCCCGCCUUCCUAAUGGUCGUCCUCUCCCCCCGCUUUUCAACUUCAAACAGGAAAUAGCUGGAGCUUCACCUGAGUUGAUCAACCGGUUGAUUCCAGAGCACGUUCGACGGCAAACUGGUUACCAUUUCGCCCACCCUACAUAAUUUAUUGAUAGAGGGUUGAAGUAACUACUUGGAAUCGAAGUACUUAGGAGGUAUGGAUGUGAAGUUAUCGCGCAAGCCCUUUAUCACCCGUUAAAAAACUUGCACGCUUGCUUGUACUCGCCAUCCGGCUCCCCGAGAAACUGGCUGAUGCUGUUUUCUGUGCAUCAUCACAUCAGCUAGAGUAGCAAACUUCUUUGCUCCUGUACAUCAUUUUGAUCAAGGGUUUUUAGUGGAUUUAGGAUACAAUAUAUAUAUUAUAAUGUCUAGUUAGACAGACAGGCUGGAGAAGAAGUGUCUGUGAGAGAUUGAUUGUAGUUUGGUUUGUGCUUUCACAUGAUGAUGUUCCUAGUAAUGUAAACCUGUGGGAUUCUCAUGUCUAGAGUUGGCUUUAGAAGUGUAAUGCUUUCUUC